ACAAUAAUAUUAAGAAAGAGUUAAGAAAGAAAUUCAAAAAGUCCAAAAGGAACUUUGAGAAAAGAUCAGAUCCCAGUAAUCAAAUGAAACUUAAUCAAUGUAGAGAACAGUUUGUACAGUCUGUUGGAAAAUCGAGACAGAUGUACUUAGAAAAUUUAUCAAAAGAAUUAGAUCCAAAAAAGCCUAACAAAUUUUGGUCUCUUAUAAACAAAACAAGAAAUAAUUACAAUAAACCAGUGAUUCAACCAAUACUAAGAAAUGAUAAUUCUUUGGCAGUAGAUGAUGAAGAUAUCUACAAAGAGAUGAAAAUUCUCUAUGGUCAAGAAAAGUUGGCAGUUAAAGAUCAUUUACCAGAAUGGUAUGAAAAAGUGAAACAAGAUGUCAUACAAAUAAAAGAAACAGAAAGGCAAAAAUUAACACAAACACCAACAGAAGUUGAGGAAAGUGAUAUAACAAUAAAAGAAGUAGAAGAGGUAAUCAAGGGUAUGAAUAAACUAAGUGCUCCAAGUCCAGAAGAACAAAUUUUGGGUACAAUGAUAACUAAGGGAGGAGAACAGAUGUGCUUGGGACUUCAGUUUCUAUUUCAGAGAUGUUGGGAACAAGAUGCUGAUGUUUUCUCUGAUAUCUACUGGACAUCUGCGAUUCGUUUGUCUGAGUACUCGGGUUAUGGUUCUGUUUCGCUGCUGUCAUACAACAUCCCACCUCAGACGAGUCAAGUGACCUUCACCUUUCAAGCAAAGUCAUCUGGCAUUUCAUGUUUCUUCAAGGAAGUUUAUGUUUAUUUUCAACAUGGCAGUUAUCCACUUGUCACACCAUACAAUGAAACAUUCCCAGAAAAAUUCUUCACCAACAGGACGUCAGAUUUCCACAUCAAAAUCCAGAAAGAUGCUCAAGCUGUCUCGUACAUGCUGGAUGCUCCUGAACCAGGGAACUGGUACUUUGCAGCAUUCUUACCAAAACAUGAUAAUGGGAAAAUAGAACAAAAGGGCAUUGGUAAAUCCUGUCUGUAUGGCAUGGUGAUAGUGGUGGAGGCCACAGGUCUGGACAAUGUUCAAGUCCUGCCCCUGGAAACCACCCACAGGCUGACACUGACCAAUGACCUACUGAAGAAAAGGGUUCUAUACAGGUAUGCAUUGCCAACAAGUACAGUAGAGUACAAAGUUAAAAUUAACAACUGUUCUACAAAGAUGCUGUCAGAGAAAUCUGUAUUGAAACCAACUUCCCCGACUGUGAAUUCCACAGCAUCAGCCAUAGAUCAGUCAUCAGAACCUUCCAAACUGGCACAGACUUCCCCACCAGUGCCUAAGGCAAACACAUCAGAACAUUUGGUUGCUAAUGACUUUGAAAAUUCCAGCAAUUAUUCUUAUUCCUCUACAGUGCAAUCAAAUGAAACAGAUUCUGACAAUGCCCGAUAUAAUCCCGAUAAUGAAACCAAAUCCUUGCAGUCUUCUUCCUUUACUCAGAAAUCCAGCAUGAUAAAGAAUUUAGCCACUUCUACAACUGAUAUGUGCCCAGUAAUUGCAGUGAUGCGAUCCAGUGCUCUUCCAAACGUGCAAUCUGCCACAUUGUCAGACUGUGGUAAUCAGACAGAGUGUGAAAAAAGACUGCUUUCUCCAUCUGUUGAUGGUUGGACAUACAUCACCAUAGCCAUAGAUGACAGCUAUAAUGUGUCAGAGAUUUCAUUUGAUCUUUCAUUUGAAACAAAAGAGUGUGAAUCCCUGAAAAUCUUCAUUCCCAGGACCAUAUUUCAUCCUGCUGACACAAACAGAACGUCUCUGAGGCCUGCUCAGGAUAAGUGUAUCAGAAUGACCUCACUGGGGCGCUUUGUUUGGGAAGAACGGACUUUCAAUAUUACCUACGUGCUUAAUGACAAUACCGGGUUCCCCAACCCACUGCCAUUGCGCAAUCUCGUCAUAGAGGACCAUGUGGUCAUGUUGACAAGUUUUACUGUGCAGUCUCCAGCAGACCUUGGGGGAACCCUCCUGCUUCAUGCUUCUCUAAAUCUUCAGGCUUUUACUAUUAAGAACCAGACUGUAACGGUCUAUAUGUGUGUAAUGAGGAAUGCCUUACCAGGCGGUGAGACAGUCCGCUCUUGUGAGACUGGCAUCGCCAUGGUGCUCAACUUCACAGCCCCUGAAGACACCGUAUACAUACCGUAUCCUGAGCCAGGCACUUGGUUCAUAAGCUUCAACAGUGAAUGUUAUAGUAACGAUACUAAAUUACCCACCACCUGUUCCAUGCUGCCUAUGGUUGAUGUAGACUUGGUUAUAUCGGGGUGUGUGGAAGGCCAGUGUGGAGACUAUGGUGUCUGCCAGGACUACAUCAGUGGCGUCCAUGUGUUCAGCUCCUGCAAGUGCUAUGCAGGUUGGCGUGGUUACGGCUGUACUGAUGGGACUGAGGGUCGUACUAAGGGGGAGGAGCUUGUUGCCAUGCUCCUACUUACCCUUAGCAACCUGUUUUUCCUUCCAUCCAUAGUGUUGGCGCUGUACCGGAGAUACUUCGUGGAGGCCCUAGUGUACACCUUCACCAUGUUCUUCUCUACGUUUUACCAUGCCUGUGACACCAGCGACAUUGUCUACUACUGCAUGGUGAAGUACGACAUCCUCAGCUUUGCCGACUUUCUCGGCUCAAUUAGCUCCUUCUGGGUGACAAUGUUGGUUAUGUCCAAGAUUCCCCCGAGGGUGAGAAGCUUUGCCCAGACCCUCGGGGUGCUACUGGUAGCCGUGGGAACGGAGUACGACAGACACGGGCUGCUGGUGUUUGCUGUUCCUUCAGGACUUGCAGCAGUUGUCAUGUUCGGAUCAUGGAUAUUCCAGUGCCGCAGACAGAGGAAGCUGUAUCCCACCAGGAGAUACUACCUGAUCCACCUUCUGCCAGGGGUGAUACUGGCGCUAACUGGCCUAGUCCUGUUUGCGUUCCUCGAGACACAGAACAACUACAAAUACGUGCACAGCUGCUGGCAUAUGUGUAUGUCUCUAUCCAUCGUGUUUCUUCUCCCACAGAGACCCACUGAUAAAGGAAAUGGUAGUGUUUUUGAGAAUGACACAGACAGUGAUGAGCUCAUACUUGUCACAGAUGAAAACCCUAGAGAGAGUAUUAAUGGUAGCUGAGCUCACCAGCAACACUGUUAUUGUAGUAUUAAUUUAUGUGCUAAUUAUUAUAAAUUGACUGAAGUUUUACCAUUAUAUAAUGAUAUUAUUUUCAAACAUCUGUUGUAUUAUUUACUUAAUUGAACAUCCCCUUAAAGCACCGUCUGUAAUAUUGAAAUGCCUAAUUGAUUGGACUGGCUGCCAUCCAUAGAGGCAGAUUAGCCUUUGCAGCAUGGAUAUAGUUGCAAACAACUUUGCAGAAAUGAGACACUUUUUUGUGAGGAGGUGUUGUCCUCACAUACUAUUGUCCGAGGCAAAAGGUUGAAUUCCUAUCGUUAGAAAUUGAUCUUAAACACUUUGUCCAGAGCAAAAAUGGAUUUAUCCUAUCAAUUUGCAGAACUUCAAGCCAUACUUUGUUGUAGUGCUGCUCUGUGCAACAACAAGGUCCCUAUGUUGAUGGUCAAGGUCACAAACAGGAAAUCCAUUUAGUCUUUCCAAUAUUUAUCUAAAAAAAUACUUCAUUAAAGUGUGUUUGUGAAAUUUCACAGAUGGAUCAUGCAUUUUGUUAAACCAUUUUCAAAGAAAAUAUUUUAUAUCUGCUCACUAUGUCUUUAAAUAUGCAAUUAUAAAUUGUUUUCCUUAUAAUAUAUAAGCCCUUUUUUACAACUGUAUUAGUCAUUCACCACCGACUUUGAAACUAUCAUGUAUUUUUCUCAAUAAAUUGUUUUUAAAAUAUGAUUUUGUUAAUUUAAUUUUAUCAGUAUUCAGGUUUUUAUUGCUUUACACAAUCAGAUAAAAAGUGUGCUAUUUUAAAUGAUUAUAAUGUUUCUGCAAGCUUGUGCAAUGAUUAUUUAUUUGUUCAUGUGUUUAUGUUAUUGUUAAAUAUUUUGAUCAUGAAUAGUGGGUAAUUGUUACACCUUUUUAUUUUAAGCAUACAGCAUAUAGGUCCCCGUGGUGUAAUGGAUAUGGUGGUCACCUAGCGACCGGGAGGUCACUGGUUCAUUCUUUAGAUCUCCCCUAAAGACACCAAGUACUGGUUCUAGGCCCAGGAAACGGACUCGAGAGCGUUUAUGUAAGCCUUAGGCUUCCGAUGCAAUCGAGCUUAAAUAAAUUGGUUUAAAUUAAAACUAAGCAUACAGAAAGAACAUAAACAAUAAGCUAUUUUCUUGGAAAUAUUCAUUCUGUUAAUUUUGAGGAAAAACAAUAAUGUGUUGUUGUUCUUUCAUGUUAUUAUUUUUUUAUGUUGUUAAUACAUAUGACUGUUAAUGCUGCUGUACCUUAAAAUUCUGCUCGAUUUCAAAGUUGAACUUCAUCAGCUUUGAAACGUUUUUUGAAGGUGAUAUUUUGUUAUAAAUUUGUUGUUUUGAGUCUGUGGUUAUGUGAUAUUUAAAAUAAAUGGUUAUUGUGAAUUGUUGUUGCUUAAAUGACUUUUCAUCAAAUAUUUGUAGCUAUCUACACAUCCGUGCCACGUUAUUCGUGUAAUGCUCUGCUGUAACAACUUCAGAUCCCUCUUACUACUGCAUGUAUUCACUUCAGCUGAAAUUUCUCCCCAUUUCUUUAAAUCAUAGUUGGGAAAAGACUGUACAGCUUUUUGAUAUUGAAUUGUGUUUAUUUUAUUAUUGUUAAAUAUUUUGAUCAUGAAUAGUAGGUAAUUGUAACACCUUUUUAUAAGCAUCCAGAAAAAAACAUAAACAAUAAGCUAUUUUUUGGACAUAUCCAUUCUAUUAAUUUUGAGGAAAGACAAUAAUGUAUUGUUGUUUUUUCAUGUUUUUACUUUUUUAUGUUGUUAAUACAGAUGACUGUUAAUGCUGUUGACUUCAUUGUACUUUAAAAUUCUGACUCGAUUUCGAAGUUGAACUUCAUCAGCUUUAAAACGUUUUUUGAAGAUGAUAUUUUUAUAAUUUUAUUGUUUUGAGUCUGUGGUUAUGUGAUAUUUGAAAUAAAUCAAAUGGCUUUUUU